GCACGGUCUUUUUUUCAAGAUUUGGAGAAAGACAGUGUUAGUGGUAAAAUUACAGGUUGCAAAAUGCAUGAUAUUGUUCAUGACUUUGUGCAAUCUCUCACCAAGGAUGAAUGUUUGAUCACUGAUGCGGAUUUUGACAGUGUAGUAAAGGGUUUGGGUGAAAAGGUUCGUCAUUUGACCUUAACCUUUUGGUUGCAAAGUGGUGAGUCACUGCCACUUCUACCUUCUAAUGCAUAUGACAAUUUCAAAAAUCUACGUUCGCUCUCAUGGUUUGGUUCAUUCUCUGGUAAGAUAGACUCAAAUUUUAUUCUACAACUGAAAUGUCUUAGGACAUUAAAUUUGAGUCACUGUGGCUUAAGUGAAGUCCCAAAGGAAAUUGGUGAAUUGAUACAUUUGAGGCAUGUUGAUUUGUCAGAGAAUUAUGGUUUGAAGAUAUUGCCGGACAGUAUCUGUGAGUUGUACAAUUUGUAUAUCUUGAAUCUCCAUGAUUGCUGGUCACUUGAAAAACUACCUGAUAACAUGGGAAAGUUGAUUAGCUUAAAGCACCUGUAUGUUGGGGUCUGUGAUAAGCUGGAGUACUUGCCAAAAGGAAUUCUCAGAUUAAAAAAAUUGAAAAGAAUUGAUGAGUGUGUUGUGGUUUGUGGUGAGGAUGAAGACAGAGCAGCAUUACAAGUGGGAGAUCUGAGAGUCUUGAACCUUGAGGGCAGUCUCACCAUAAAUUUGAAGGGGAAUGUGAACGACGAGAGGGAGCUUGAGAAGGCACAGUUGUGGCACAUGAAGAAACUCUUUCAUCUCAGAAUUACUUUUGAGGAUGUCUUUUACAAGCAGACAAAGAGCACAAUAGAAAUACUAAAUGCCUUACGACCGCACGAGAAUCUGGAAUCCUUAGAUAUUUCUUAUCAUUCAGGCACCACCUGCCCCAAUUGGAUGAUGUCUUUGCACAACUUAAGAAUCAUCUAUCUAUAUGGAUGGAGUGAAUGCAAGUUUUUGCCUCCUCUUGGGAAAUUGCCCUACCUUGAAAAGCUGACUCUGGUGCGUAUGAAGAAGGUGGAAAAGAUUGGUGGUGAAUUUUUGGGAAUAGUUGACUCAGAUGAAACGUCAUUGACAUCAUCAUCAUCCACCUCAUUUUUUCCAGAGUUGAAACAACUUGAAAUUAGUAACAUGUCAGGGUUGGAGGAGUGGGAAGUAGGCGUGGAAGGGUGGAACAAAGAGGAUUCUGAAAUUUCAAUCAUGCCAUGCCUUUCCUCUUUACAAAUUAAUUUCUGUAGAGGCAUAAAAACAGUGCCAGACUUCCUCUGCAAAACACCCCUGCAGGAUCUUGUCAUCAGGGGGUGUCCCAUGCUUUCAGAGCGCUGUAAACAAGACAGUGGAGAGGAGUGGCCCAAGAUUUCUCACAUCCCAAACAUCAAAAUCUCAAAAUAGAGAUACGAGUAAUGUGGAUCAACUGGUGAUUUGCGAGCUAGGCAUACAUAUUAAUCUUCUUUUAAAAGGGAUUCGGAAGAACCUAAAAGCGUGAUGUCGACCAUCAACAUACCAUUACUGAAUCUUCCCCACAAAUUUUGAUCAUCUUCACCUAAGCCAUGAGAACUUGCAGGCACUGGAAAGUGAUUCCUCAAAGCAUUCCUCUGCUGACUCCUCAUUGCUCGGACCUGCGCUUAAUGAUCCUUCAUGGCCAUAUUUCAACAGGUCAAACACAAUCAUGUGAACAGGGAAGCUAACUGCAUUUCACAUGGAUGUAGUUUGGUUUGAGGAGCUUUCAUGAUUGUAGAUCUCCUUGUAAAGGAUAGUCAUACUAUGUAAUUGUGGUGUGUAGAGUUCUUUUCUCCUUCGGUUGGGUUGAAAUCACUGACAAAGUUUUUACUGAGGUCCCCUUUCAGUGGUGCAUCCCAUCCUCUCUUGUACGUAUUCUCUCAUAACGCUAAUGAAUAUCGUACUUCUUUCCAACAAAA